AUGCAUGUGAGUACGCACUGCAGAGAAGAGCCGGAAGCAUUGCCUCCUUUGUUGCUGUUUUGCCAGUUGUACUUGGAUUUAAGCAAACAACAAACAAAAGCAGCACAUCUCGUCGCCGUUGGGGGGCGUGCACAAAACACCAUUUCGGGAUUGAAGGCCGGGGGUUUGAAGAUUGCCCUUCUUAGGGUUGGUGAAGUCCUGGAGGGUUUGGCACAGCAGCGGCGGCUCGAUGCCUUCUGCUGGUGGCUGCUAGCGUCCAUAAGAAGAGCUCAGCAACGCGCUUCGGAGGCGAUUGCUGCUCUGCUCGAGUGUAUACGAAUAUGUCCGUCGUUUGCUGCGGCGUGGGAAGACCUAACGGAAGUAUUAGCAGCACAAGUGUUUUCUCCUGGGCGAGCGCACAGCCCGCUCCCCUGGGCAGGGCCGGACUCAGCAGCAGCACCCGCAGCUGCUGCAGCAGCUGCUUUGGUGGGGGCUGCGGUUCGGCCUGUUGUGUCUGGGGCUUCUGGGGAAGGUGCCUCUGCACCGGCAGCAGACGAACGACAGAGGAAGAACGACGGAGCUAGCCAAAACCAGCAACAGCAGCAUGAACAGCAUUCAAUGCAGACCGAUACGCAUCCCGCUUGCAACCAGGACGUUGCCAGUAGCGACACCCUUAGCAGUAGUAGCAGCAGCAGCGGCGUUGAUGCCUCAGAAGUUCUGCAGCAGGAAGAGCGCCAGAGGCGGGGCUUGGCUGGGGCAGAAGGCACUCGGGGCAAAUGCGUUAUUUCAGCAGCAGCACAAGCAGCAGCAGCAGCAAUAGCAGCGGAAGGGGAAGCAGCUGAUGAAACAACAACAACAGCAACAACAAGAACAACAACAACAAAAACAGCAGCAGUGGUCACUAGCCCGACAGCGGAUGGAUUUUGUGUCGAAAACGUUAAGGCAUAG